AUGGACCUGUCAGGUUCUUUGCCUCCACCCUCUCCAUACACCUUCCCUAUUUUUCCUAAUUUCUCGGUACCUUCCUCCUCUCCCUCCAUCUCUCCGUCCCCCAGCCUGGCGUCCACUGCUCUGUUUUGCUCCCUCCUCUCUCUCCUCUCCCUGCUGGGCAUCACGGGGAACCUUUACACUUUGGGUCUCCUUCUGAGACGCAGCAGUGGCAGAAGAAGGCGUGGAGCAGGGCCCGUCUGCUGCCUAACAAAAAUACCUCUACCGUCCUGCCUUGCGAACUCCGCGUCCCCCACCUCCUCCCCUUCCUCCUCUCCCUCCUCCUCCUCUCUUCACCUCCAGGUGCUGAGUCUUGCUCUGGCCGACCUGCUCUACCUUUUCACUGCCCCCUUCAUCGUGUACGACAGCCUGGCAUCUGGCUGGGCCUUCGGGGAGCUGGGUUGCCGCCUUCUCCUGAGCCUGGACCUCCUCACCAUGCACGCCUCCAUCUUCACCCUCACCGCCAUGAGCCUGGACCGUUACCGGGCUGUGGCGCGUCCGCUCCAGACCUCCUCCUCCAACUCCUCCAGCCUGCUGCGGGUGGGCCUGGCCUGGGGGCUGGCGGUGGCGCUCAGCCUGCCCAUGAUGAUCACCCUGCACCUCGAGGACGGGGAGAACCACGAGGGCCAGCUGUGCGUCCCGGCGUGGGACGAGCAAAGCUCCAAGGCUUAUCUCAGCGUGCUUUUCUGCACUAGCAUUCUCGGCCCCGGGCUGGCCAUCGGGGCCCUUUACGCCACCCUCGGACGGCUUUACUGGGUGUCCCAGACCCGGCCCGCCUGGGCCAGUGAGAGCAACUCGGCUUGCUCUCCUCGCGCACCCAAACCCAAAGUGCUGCUCCUCAUCCUGUGUAUUGUCCUUGCAUUUUGGGCCUGCUUCCUCCCUUUCUGGAUCUGGCAACUGCUCCCCCUCUACCAGCCCGACAUGCUGCGGACGGUACCGGUGGGCACCCAGGUGACGGUGAAUCGAAUCCUCACAGGGCUCACUUAUGGGAACUCCUGCGUGAAUCCGUUUUUUUACACGCUACUGACUGGGAAAAGAAAACGCAACCGGCAGGCGCUUGUGUCAGCAAAUCAGCUCUGCCGCAAGAGCAGCCCGCUGAAGUAG